AUGGGAGAGAGCCGCGCACCUCCGAGCAGCACCUCCGGUGCCUGUGGGGCUCUGACAACGGUGCUUCGAAAGAAGUUUUGGUAUGACAGCCCUACCCUGGGAUCUAAAAUGAUGUAUAAACCAACCGAUUUGGCCUCCAUAAUGAAAGAUAACCAGACAAAAACUAGGAAGGAAGAUAACACACGCUGCAGAGUCUUGAAUGGUCUUAUUUAUAAAGCUGUUACAGAGAUGAUGGCUACCUGUGAAGUUAAUCAAGAACUUUAUGAUCUCAAGCUGGAAAUCUGCAAGGUGUCCCUGGCAUCAAACUUUUCAGCUUGUCGUGUGUACUGGAAUCCUGCUGCUACUAUGGAGAAAGAAAGUUUUGUUGAAAGUGUACUGCAGAAGAGUGCUCCACGUAUACGGUAUCUUUUGAAGAGUCAGCAAAUUCUAGGAAAUGUACCCCCAAUAGUAUUCAUAAAAGACAAAGAAGCUGCAGCUGUAAAAGAGAUUGAGGAAUUAUUAUCAAUUGCUGAUUUUGGACCUCCAGAGGAAGAAGAAACAUUAUCUCAAAAUUAUUCUAGUACACUGUUCUCUUCAGCAACUCAAUCUUCAGAUUCACCCAUGCGGUCUAAUCUUUUUGGUAUUGAUCAUGAACUGCUGAAUAAGCAGAUAAUGGACUACAAACGACUGAAAGUGUCAAGACAUACAGAAAGCAUUGCCUGGACAGACGAGCAGGAGCAGCAGCUUUAUAAGAUUCAAAAGAAAAUGAAAAAGAAAAAAACAAGGAAUCCUCCUGAUGAUGACAUUACAUCACAGAAGUACUUACUGGAGAGAUACGAAGCUGAUUACUGCGAUGAUAACACUGAAUCGGUCUUGGACUAUGAUCUGGAGGAUGAAUUACAGGAAGAGGAAUAUGAAUUGGAGGCGGAUGAUGGUAAAACUUUAAGUCAGCCUACUGAUAAACUGAAAUGA